AUGGAUCCAAGAUCAAAAAGAAUUUUGAAGGAAAUCAAAGAUUGUCAAUUAAACGAUAAUACCGGCAUUCUCGUUGAAAUGGUCAAUGAGAAUCCUUAUCAUCUUAUUGGUUCCUUCGAUGGUCCAGACGAGACACCUUACCAAGGUGGUCAUUUUCAAGUUGACAUACAAGUUCCCGAUAAUUAUCCCUUUCAGCCGCUCAAAAUGAAGUUUAUUACGCGCGUCUAUCACCCCAAUAUCUCCUCACAAACUGGUCUCAUUUGUUUAGAUAUCUUAGGCAAAGAAUGGUCUCCGGUUCUGACACUCAAGUCAACGUUGAUCUCCUUACAGUCCUUGUUAUGCUCACCGGCGCCUGACGACCCUCAAGACGCUGUUGUGGCCAAAGUAUAUACCACAGAUAGGAAAAAGUUUGAAUCUACAGCUAGAUUGUGGACGCAGGGUAUCUACAAAGAAGGUGAAAGUAGCAAUCUCUCUCCUGUUGCUGCUGCCGGCCUUGGCCAGGAAGAUGUCGAUAAGUUCACCUCGAUGGGUUUCUCUGAAAGUCAAGUUAUUGACGUUCUCUCCGUCUUGGACUAUCGUGGUCCUAAUAUUCAAAAUUUAAGUGAUGACGCCGUUGUCGAUCAAUUAAUCGCAUAA